AUGAAGGACGAAGACAACAAUAGUGGCAGCGAGCACGAACCCCCUCCGACCCGUAUCUCUUGCGUAGAGUGCCGGCGGCUCAAGCGCAAGUGUGACCGCAUCCAGCCAUGCAACCAGUGCAAGCGGUAUGGCAAGACAUGUGUCUUUCCCGAACCCGAGGUGCCGCGCCGCGGCAAGAAGUAUAUCGCCGAGAUGAGAGACCGGAUGGCGCGGCUCGAAGGCCUACUUGCAGAGCAUGCCCCACACCUCAACAUUGACGACGCAGCGGGCGCUGACCCCGAUGGCGACCGCAAGCGCAAGCUGCCCAGUCGCCCACCGUCGCCAGGCAGUGACCUCUUCCGAUCCACCCCUUCCCUCCGCUCCCCGCCUGGACUGAAGCACACGCCUGGGUCGACGGUUUCUCUUUUACAUCACCCAGCCGUGUCGCCAGCCUCGUCACAAGGCCUGUUCGAUCAUGCGCCCCUGCCCGCGCCCAUCAACCUCCGGCCACCCCCAACGCUCUCGGCGUCCAUGCCCAACGGAGCGACACCAGACGCAUACGAGCGCCAGCCAAGACAUGCGAGCGGAUACGAGUGGUGCGAGCGUCAUGCCAACAAGGGCCAUGACGGCACCGCAAGUCUGAGCGUCGAGCCCGAUAACCAGGGCUACCUCGGCUUCGCGAGCGGCGCCAGUCUCCUGCGCAUCUUGCAGAUCACGGCAGGUGGUGUCAGCCUCGCGGGUGUCGACAAUGACGCACCGGUCUCUGUUCCUCCGCCAGACUGGAUGCCAACACAUCCACAAGUCAUCGAGUGUAUCGACGCCUACUUCCAGCACUACCACACCCAGUACCCGAUUCUGCACGAGGCGACUUUCCGCGCCCAAUUCGCCCAGGUCAUCGCCCAGCCGGACCCGUCGCAAUGGAACUUGUUGGUCAACACGGUCAUUUCUCUUGGCGCGUUCUGCGCAGGUAUGCCGAUGUACUUCGUCGACCACUUCCUCGAGCGCGCCGACGCCGUCAUCAACGUCGGCCACCUCGAGACCGGAUCACUUGUCCUCGUCCAGGCCUUCACACUUCUCUCCAACAUCUCGCAGAAGCGCAACAAGUCCAACUCGGGCAGCGUUUACCUGGGCAUCGCUAUACGCAUGGCUAUCGGUCUCGGUCUGCAUCGCGAGCUGCCGCUAUGGAACAUCAAGCCGUUUGAGCGUGAAGUGCGACGACGAGUCUGGUGGGUGCUGUUCAUCUUCGAUGCCGGUGCGUGCAUCACGUUCGGUCGCCCGAUCCUUCUCCCGUACCUCGACGCGGACGUCAAGAUGGUGCACGAUGUCCAGGAUAGGGACUUUACGCCAUCCUCAGCCACCGUCCCACCACCCGCGCGCGAGACGACAGUCUACUCAUCCCUCAUCCACCAGGCUUCUCUGGUACGAACUGGUAACUCGUGCUACACAAAUGUCAUCUCGACCCCUCCACCACCCUCGAAGGACGUGCUCGAGCUCGACGCUCAGCUGCGCCACUCGUACUCGCGCGUGCCGGCGUGGAUGAGCGCCGCCGCAACAGUCCAAAUGUUCAGUGACACGCCUUGGCUCCACUUCUCGGCACACAAGCUGUUCUGGCGGUAUUGCAACCUCCGCAUCAUCAUGGCUCGCCGUGCCUUCCUCGAGCGCGCAUUGAAGCGUCUGCCGCUGAGCACGCGCGGCAGUCCACCCAGCAACGAGCCUCAAGCCGACUACAUCCUCUCGGACGUGUGCCUGUCUUGUGCGACAGACACGAUCGACGACAUCAACCGGUUCUUCAAGGACCGCAUCCCGAAUGCCCUAGAAAAGUGGUAUGGCCUCCACUUCCUCUUCCAGGCGAGCUUCGUGCCUCUCAUCGCACUGCACGCCGACCCCGGCUCGCCCGACCAAGGCGUCUGGCGCGAGAGUAUCCGCCUCGCUACCGAGACAUUACGCCAGUUCAAGGGCGACCCGCUCGCUGAUCGUUGCAUGCGUAUCCUUGACAUCCUCGCGCCACCAUCACAGGAGGCCGAGGCUCACAACGAGGUCAACUCGCUCUUCGAGUUCCUACAGACCAACCCUAUGUGGGCCGACAGCACCGAGCUCGCCGGCGAGCUCAUGCCCUUCGCCGACUUCAGCACUCUAAUGGCCUUCUUCCCUCCAACCCCCGGAAUAUGA